AUUGCUAAGCAAUCAGUUAUACACUUGAAGAAAUAUAUCUCCAACAAUGUCCAACUACGCGUGUUACACGUGGAAGCCAAUUUUGGACAUGUAUUUAGUGAUAAAAUAUAGCAUUAAUCUGAAACAAUGAUAUCUCACUCGAAAACGAUAACGCUUCUGUCUGCCUGGUUGAUACUAUGGCUUGAAGAAUAACAUCGUGAAGCUUUGUGUUUUCUAUCAGAGUGGAUAGUGAAAGUUGACAUUCGGAUCUUGGCCGUUCAUGAAACUACCAAAUUUGUCAGAGAACGAGAUAAGCAAAGCAUUUGACCUGAAAAGUCAAAUAUUCUGUGCAUAUAAACUGGUGUAAUUUAUCACCCUAGGAGAUCGUGUUCAUGCCGGUUACAGUCAGCGGGGAUUGUCAACGAGGCCACGUGCUACCUACUAAAUCAGAGAUACGCAAGCUUGACAUCCGGCAAAUGGCCCAGCUUUAUCACAGUUACGUGGAAAACAUCCAGGUGGCGUGUGGGGACAUGAGAAGAAUGGGAUAUCAGCAAGAUGGCGGCUGGGAGAUCUGUAACGACCCCCUCGUCAAACCAAAGAAAUCGUGCCUGGUCUAUUCCUUCGGCAUCAACAAUGACUUCAGUUUUGAUGACGAAAUGGCCAAAGAAUAUAAGUGUGAAAUUCACUCGUUUGAUCCAAGUAUGGGUCAACCAGACCAUCAUCACGGGGACCAUGUCACGUUCCACUCUUUAGGAGUGGCUGAUUAUAACGGUAAAUCUCCCAAGAAUUGGCCAGUGAAGACUCUCGCAGAUAUACGUCAGUCCCUCCAUCACCAACAGACUACAAUCGAUGUUUUGAAAGUGGAUAUUGAAGAAAUGGAGUGGCAGGUGUUUCCGGAAAUAAUAAGAAACAACGCUUUACACAAUGUGACUCAAUUUGUGUUUGAGGUGCAUAUAACACUUAAAAAAGACGAUCCCCCACAAGCAAAGUAUUUCACGGCUCUGAACAUAUUCCGUGACUUAUAUGAUUUGGGAUACCGGAUAUUCUACACUCAUAGAAACAAAUGGUGUCAUUACGAGUCCAAGUUAGCUGGAAAACAGAGGACUUCAUGCCACGAAAUAUUCAUGAUGAAAGUUUGCUGA